AUGACGGGAAAGGAAGAUGGCGACGUCAGACUCAAGACUAUGCCUGCAGUAGAUGCUCUUCUUAAGCUGGACGAGGUGCCACUUAAAAUGUUCGGCAAGGCCUUGAAGGCGGGCGAUUUGGCCGAGGUGGUCAUUGUACGACCGGACGAGGAAAUGAAUUCGUCAUCGCUUCUGGAUGAAGCUGUCUUGGGGGACACCAAAAACGUGCUGAACGCACGAAGUGGAUUGUCGAUCCUACGGAAUAUCUUGGAUCCGUACUAUCCUUUGGUAAAGAAGUUUCAAGACGUCGUCCUCAAAGACCCGCCUUCAGCCCUACCUCCGGAGCGAUGUUUGCAUCAAGAGAUCGACCUGGUUCCGGGAAUCAAAUGCUGCGCAACACGCCAAUGA